AGUUUUUGUCGCUCUCAGCAGGUCGCCAGCUGACAGUGUUCAACAGCCAGUCGACGAUUCAAGUCGGUGGUCGAUGGAACAGCGACAAAGCGAGGGUGGAGAGGCCGUUUUUGGGGGUGAUAGCAGGCCUGGUUGUGAACGGUGCAAGGAUUUUGGAGUUCGCCGCCUCGAAGGAUGCAAGGGUUACCGCCAAAGGGGAUGUUCAAUUGUUACCAGCUGGGAGCUUGUUGGAUCGCGCCGCUCCUCUGCAAAGAAUGCAACAGACACCAGCGUCCGGUUUUCCAGGCAUCGCGGAUGACCUAAUAUUUUCUGGCGCCGGAAGUGGUUGCACCGCCGAUGACGAGGACGAAGAAUGCACACCGAUCUACAGCCCUGAUUCCGGUAAGUGUAAACGACACUUCCGUUGGCGUAAGUAGUUCCUUCUGCACGCACGACAAUUUUACAUACAUGUUUUUCAUCAUUUAAAAUUGCCCAUUGACGUUUCGAAUAAAAACGAACGUCACCGACAAUGUGUACGAAUCAUUUCGAUCGAUCCAAAUUUGUUUUUUUUUCUUCUAAUAACAAAAUACAUCAUCUUGCAGGUUUUAUGCUAAUCGUGCGAACUUUCGUUUAAAGUGAACAAAAUUUGAUGCGUUCUAUACCAUUCGUGUUUUAUUAAAACUUGAAAUCCUGAGGAUUUCUUUUAGAAAACUCUGCAUAUAGUCGAUGAAUGCAUCGAGAUGUCUGGAAAGAUAUUGUACAAUUUUGCGUUCUAAAAAGAAAUUGCUUUUGGGGCUAUUUCUAUGUUCGAGAAAUAUUUUUAUAAUUUUUUAAUAACUAAAUCUCUUCUUCGUUUGGAAUAUUUUAGAAAUCACGCA